CCUGCUCUCAAUCAGGCGGGGAAGUGAGGUAUCUUACUAUGACUCUCUAGACGCAACAUCUCACCACCGGGGUCGUAAGCGGAGGAAUUCACGGGCGAGAAACUUUGCCAACUGUACAAUUUUCGGGAGUUCAGUGCUCAGGUCUAAUAUAUUGUGAUUCGUCCCGUUUGCCUAGUAUAUUGAGACGUUUGGCAGUCCCAGACACAUUCCCGCCUGUAACUUAAUUACCAUGAGACUCAAACUGAACCUCGUCUCCGCUGUCUUGGCUCUUUUGGGACUCGGCUUAACGCAUUCAUCGGAGACAGACAAUGGCCAAACCGUCCACCAAAUCGCUGUUAUUGGGGCUGGAGCGGCUGGAUCUUCCGCUACGUACCACCUAAACGCGUACGCUAAACAGGCUGGAAUCCGUGUCAACAUCACUCUCUUUGAGAAGACAAACCGCAUCGGAGGCCGGACCCUCACCAUCAACCCAUACGAUGAUCCGUCACUACGGGUCGAGUUGGGCGCCAGCAUCUUCAUUGAGAAGAACCAUAUCCUCUAUGGCGCACUCCAGGAAUUCAACUUAUCCAAAAGAAUACCGGAUGAGGACAAGGAUCCCGUCUUGGGCAUCUGGGACGGCGAGAAGUUCGUCUUCACGAUUGAUGAGCGGGGCCCAUUUUGGUGGACAGCACUCAAAGUGAUAUGGAAAUACGGGUUCAUGGCACCACGCAGGACUCAGAAGCUGAUGCAAACCACAAUCAACAAGUUCCUUCGCAUGUACGAAGAACCCUUCUUCCCUUUUCGAUCUCUAACGCAGCGAGCACACGAAUUGGGGCUGGUGGAGAUCACGGCAGUUACGGGCCAAGAGCUUUUGAAGGCUAACAAGAUCGACGAUCACUACGCGCAUGACAUUGUACAAGCUAGUACGCGGGUGAAUUAUGCCUCUAAUCUGGGGUUUAUACACGGGCUGGAUACCAUGGUCUCCAUGGCUCCCGAAGGUGCCAUGUCUGUUGAAGGCGGUAACUGGCAAAUCUUCCACAAGAUGGUUGAGAGCUCUGGCGCUAUUCUUGCCCUGAAUACGUCCGUUGUUGCACUCGAGUUCGCGGAAGAGUCAGCCACAUCGACACGCCCGCAGUAUGCCAUUAGAACUGCAUCUUCAACUCUUUCAUCAGGAACAAGAUAUCCAGUCACAUUUGACGAUGUCAUUAUUGCCGGCCCUUACCAAUUCAGCAAUAUUGUGGCUGCAGAGAACGUCAUCCCUGAUCCUAUAGACGAGAUACCGUACGUGCAGCUGCAUGUCACGAUCUUCUCAUCGACACACCGAUACAGUCCGCAAUUCUUCGGCUUGGACGGUUCGACGAGCAUUCCUGGCACGAUUCUAACAACGUUGUCCGAGGCCAACGACCCAGCGGCUGGUGAUCCAGGGGCAGGCAAGGCAGGCUUUUUUAGCAUAAGCAUUCUCCGCAACGCCAUCAACCCCAAGACCGGUAGGAAGGAGUAUAUCUACAAAAUCUUCUCUCCCAACAAGAUUACUCCCGAGUUCUUGAGUGAUCUACUUGGAGCCAAGGUUCCGGGCACCUUCAUCGAUAACAACGGAGAAUCAGGGGGCGACAGUCCAAUUUCAUGGUAUUACCCUCAUGUCUUUUACUCAUACCCCAAGGCCCUGCCACGCGUUACCUUCCAGGAUCCUGUCGUCGGGCGUGGGAUUUACUACACAUCGGGCAUGGAGAGCUUCAUCUCAACCAUGGAGACAAACGCGCUGAUGGGCAAGAACGUCGCCCGAUUGUUGGUUGACGACAUUCUGGGCUCGACUGCCACGGACAAUGGUGCCGUAUUUGUGGAUGACUUGGUAGGGGAAGGCAAGCAGCAUAUUCUGGCCCAGCCGGCAAAGGACCAAGCUGCUUCUCCGACACCGAUUCGCGACUUGUGAGGGAUAGGCAUCGAACCAUGAUAUCUAUCCUAGAUUUUCUCCUUUGAUGCAUCCUUUUAAUUAGGCGUGCAUAUUUUGAUGCAAGUGAACUCGGAGUGAGUUUUGGCUCUGAACUAAUGCAACGUUAGCCACACAAGCCCAAUGAGUCAGCAGGUGCUUGCUGCCUUGAUGUGGCGUCAACUGUCCCAGGAGCAAGUGUGGCGAUUGGUUUGUUGCACCGCCACGUCUUUCCCCUCCAUCAAUGAUCACCCGGGCAAU